ACGGCCCAAACCCAGCUAAAGAGAGCUCUUCGAAACUAGGGUUUUGUCCGGAGCUUUGUUACUUUCAGUUUAUCAGUCGCUGCCUCGCCUCUCGCAUCUCUUUUAACAUUCCUCAACAGAGAGCAGCAGCAGCAACCGGUAGCCAUGGCUGAACAGACUGAGAAGGCUUUUCUUAAGCAACCCAAGGUCUUCCUAAGCUCCAAGACAUCAGGGAAAGGAAAGAGACCUGGCAAAGGCGGAAACCGUUUCUCGAAGAACAUUGGUUUGGGCUUCAAGACUCCCCGUGAAGCCAUUGAAGGAACUUACAUUGAUAGGAAAUGUCCAUUCACUGGAACCGUCUCUGUAAGAGGACGUAUCUUAGCUGGUACUUGCCACAGUGCUAAGAUGCAGAGAACCAUCAUCGUUCGCAGGAACUACCUCCACUUCGUGAAGAAGUAUCAGAGGUAUGAGAAGAGACACUCCAACAUCCCUGCUCACGUCUCGCCCUGCUUCCGUGUCAAAGAAGGUGAUCAUGUCAUCAUUGGCCAGUGCAGGCCCUUGUCGAAGACGGUGAGGUUCAAUGUGCUGAAGGUGAUCCCAGCGGGCGCAUCCGCCUUUGCUAAGAAGGCAUUCACUGGAAUGUAAGAGCUUUUUUUGAAGUAUUGUUGUUACUUUUGCUUGGUUUUGAUUUUGGAAUCUGAAAUGACUACUUUCAUCUUUUUUUUAUCUUCGGUAUCUCUAGAAAUCAACUACAUUUUGUCUACUUGAUCAGAAAACCUUAUGCAAUAAAUCAAGAUUAGUUAUUUAUGAUAA